AUGAGCAACGAAAGUUUGUCUCCAGAUGCCGAUUUCAUGCGCCGUGCAUGCUGCAUCUUCGGCUAUCUCUUCGAUCCACAGAUUUCUCCAUACCCAUGCACAUCUUGCAAUGAUCCAGAUGCUGAAUACACCGAAAAUUUGCCAGACUUUGAAGAAUCAUUGAAUGACUACUUACUUAGAGAAGUUCACCAAGCUGACUUAGAAGCUCGUGAAACAAUCCUCAAUGAGCUUGAUCAAAAGGAAGUCAAGAUGCAAGAGUCAUUUGAUAAUGUUACAGAAGAUACAAUCCAGAUCGGAACUCGUCUUGCUUCACGUACAUCUUCCGGAACAACACAAGAAUUCGAAAUGGCAAAGCGUCUCGCAGAAAAUACUGUCAAGCGCCAGCAAAGACAAGCAGAGAGAAGACACGCUGAUCUUGAGAGGAAGAGGAAGGCUAAAGAACAAUCCGUUCGCCAGUUCCAGGCUGAAAUCAAGUCAGAAAUUGAAUAUAAGAAGAAGAUGCAACAGGAAGAACUUAAGGCCAAGCAAGUUUAUGGAGCUGCUCGUGCCCAAGAACUUAUCAGGAAGAAAGAAGAACGCGAAAAGAAGAGAGAAGAAGAAAUCAGAAAACAAGAAGAAGCUAUGCGUACAGUCGAAACAAUUUCCAUCAAAUCUCGUUCAUUACGUAUUACAGAAGAGGAUUUACAGGCUGAAGAAGAGAAACAAAAGAUGGAUCCACAGGCCAAACGCCAGAGGAUGAAAGAAAUCUCACAACAGAUCAGACAAAAGAACAAGGAUACAGCAGAAAAGAAUCCAGGAAAGCCACUGAACCAGCACAGGAAAAUGUUCAGAUAA